AAAGAAGUCAUUGGAAGAAAUUGCGUCUGAAAAUGACGAAUUAUCAUCAAAGGCGCAGAGUCUGAAAGAUUCAGAAGAAAUUAUUUCUAAUAAAAAAGAAGAACAACAUUUCUUUAACCUGAAGUCAAAUAUUGCUAUGGAACAUGUUUUCGCAAGCAAUUCGUUCCAAGACAAAAUUCAGAAUCGUUUGAAUAAACAUUAUAAAGAAGGUAAUGAUAGUAAAACUAUACGUAGUAUUAAUCCUCAAACGAAUGUUAGCACAGUGGAGUUAAACCUGGAUGAUUCUUGUAUUUCUUUUGUGAUCUCUGGUGAAAGUUAUGAACAAAACGUUUGUGUAGGCGAGGAUUAUGAAGAUUUAAAGCAAUAUUAUGAAGAUAUUUUGGACUUGCAGACGGAUUUUGAAGAAAAAGAUGAAUUAACUAAGAACGAAUUUGAAAAAAG